AUGUAAAAUCAAUAAAAAAUAAGGGUGGCAGUUCGGGUAAGACCCUUGUUGGAUUAUGAGAAAAGAUAAGGCCAUUAAAAUUCAAGAAUUGAUUGUAAUGGAUAGGAAGUAACAAUAAGAGAGGAGAGAAAUAAAAAAAGUUAUAAGUAAUAUAUAAAUCAAGUAGAUUCGAUCAUGUAUUACCAGAAUAUGUUUCAUAAGAAUAAGUGUUUAAGAAUUGUGAAAUUGAUUAAUUGGUAUAAUCUGUGAUAGAGGGAUAUCAUGUGACAGUAUUUGCAUAUGGUUAGACAGGGUCUGGAAAAACAUAUACAAUGGAAGGUUAACGAGAUGAUGAAGGAAUUACAAUUAAGUAAGAGGGCAUAAUUCCAAAAACUAUUAAUAGUUUAUUUAAUAAGAUAAAAUAAAAUUCACUUUAAAGAGACUUUUCAGUCUAUUGCUCUUAUUUACAAAUUUAUAAUGAAAAAAUAUUUGAUCUUUUGGGAGAAAUAACUAAAGCUAAUUAUAAUAUUUAACCAAAUGGUUUAAAAAUGAGAUGGAAUGUUAGGGAAUAGUUUGUAGUUGAAAAUUUAUUUGUUUAUCAAUGUAAAUCAGCAGAAGAAGUUAUUUAAUUAUUUAAAUUGGGAAGUAAAAAUAGAAUAACAGCAAGUCAUAAAUUAAAUUUAUAAUCUUCUCGUAGUCAUACUAUUUUUGAAAUUAAAAUAGAGAGCACAGAUUUAAAGAAUCCUGAUUAUUUUAUAACAUCAAAAUUAGAAUUAGUAGAUUUGGCUGGUUCAGAAAGGAUAAGUAUAACAGGGACAGAAGGUAGAUAAGCUAAAGAGAGUAUUGAAAUAAAUAAAUCUUUAAUGACUUUGAGAUAGGUGAUUGCAAUAUUAAGUGAUACAAAUAAUAAAACAAUACCACCUUAUAGAGAUUCAAAAUUAACUUGUUUAUUAAAAUAAUCAAUAGGAGGUAAUUGUUUUUGUUUAAUGAUUGCUUGUAUAGCACCUUUAGAUUCAUUUUAUGAUGAAAAUGUUUCAACAUUAUAGUAUGCUACAAAAGUAUAAAUUUAAAAUUAACUUAGGCAGCGUAUAUUACCAAUAUUCCUGUUAAGAAUGAUGAUCCAAAAUUAAAAAUUAUCAAUGAUUUAAAAUAACAAAUAGAUAAUUUAAAAUUAGAAUUAAGUAAAGCAAAUUAACAUAUUGAAUUCUUAUCCAAUAUUGUUUAAAAAAAGGAAAUGAAUCAAAAUAUGAAUAAUACACAUACUAAAAGCAAUUUUGAUAAUUUAUUAUUAAACCAAUAGAAAUUGUUGGAAGAAGAAUCAUCUGAUGAUGAUGCUCACAAAAAUCAAUUAUCAUAAUUUAAUGAAAGAUUAAUUGAUUCUAUUAAUAUGGUUAGGGAAUUAUUGCUUUCAAAUAAAGAAAUGAGAGAUAGAGAAGAAUAAAUCAAUCAAAAAUGUGAAUAUAUGUAUAGAGAAAUUCAGUUUUUAUAGAAAGAGAAUUUUGAAUUAAGAGAAAGGUUGGGAGAUCCAGAUUAAUAAAGAGAAUCUCCUUAAAAAAGACCUUCUACAAUUAAGAAGAAUACAAUGAUGGUAGAGGAACCAGGGUUUUUACCUGAAUAGAUGACUUAAUUUUAAAGAAACUUUUAAAAAGACUUUAAAGAUACACCAAAUAAAGAUUAUAAAGACUAAUAAAUGUUAAUGACGAAUCGAAGUAUUUAGAAGUAUCUAAAAUAGAUGUCAGAGCUCAUUCAUAAAGAACGUAGGGUAGGUAAUUGCCAUUGAUAUUUAAUUAUCAGUAAAAUUUUGAGGAAGUUUAAUAAGACGAAAUGACUAAUUUUGGGAGAAGAAGUUUAUAUUAGAAAUAAUUGAAAUGA